CUUUCUAAAAUAGCCAAGAUCGUUAAUAACAGAAAGACAAUUAAUGCAUUCGAAGAUGUAUUUAUCGUUCAACAAAAGUCUAUGUAUGUAGAUAAAGAUCAUUUGGCUUUAUUAACGAAGAAGGCGGAAGUAUUUCUUCUUGAAAUCUUCAGUAAUAUUUAUCAAAAGCUCGGUCGAAGUUCCAUCGUUAAGGGACAGGACGAAACAAUUACUUACAAGUUAGCAUCGUUGAACAUUACUAUAGACAAAAAGCAAAUACCACUAGGAUUCAGCAGUGAGCAUUUGCCAACAUAUAACAAGUGCGAUCAUUGUCAUAAGCUAUUAUAUGAUGAGACAGGUAAAAGCUUUAUGGUUAUCAUAUAUGGUCAUGGAUACCAUGAGAGCUGUUUUAGUAUUUUAUUAAAGGAAAAAUGUCAUUAUUGCGAAAAUUUUCUUAAACUAGGUGUACGAAAUAAUGUUUCUUCUCUUCUUACACGAUUAAGUAAAGUAGAUAAAAAUAAAUCAAAUCUAAAGAAACUUAUUGAUGCCAAUGAAGAAAGUCCACAAAAUCAGAAGAUAUUAAAUGAAGAUAAUAUAUUGGAGGUGCUUUGA